AUGCCAGCUGUGGGUGACCAACAUCGCGGCGGAUCUGCAUCCAUCGGGAUGCCCAACGCCCCGGGUGCUGUCACCGCGAAUCCCUUCGAAGAGCCCGAGCGACGGAUCAGCGAAUAUACCGCACAAGAAAUUGCCACCCUUCAAGCGCGACUAGAUAAGAAAUUGGGCCCCGAAUACAUCUCCUCACGACCCGGUGCCGCAGGACAGAAAGUACACUAUCUCUCCGCGGAUAAAUGCAUCAACCUUGCAAACGAGGUCUUUGGGUUCAAUGGCUGGUCCAGUUCAAUCCAAAAGAUUGAUAUCGAUUUUAUCGAGGAAAACCAAAACACUGGCAAGAUCAGUUUGGGACUGUCCGUCAUUGUCAGAGUCACACUCCGAGAUGGGACGUUUCACGAGGACAUUGGCUACGGUCAUAUUGAGAACUGCAAGGGAAAGGCCGCGGCGUUCGAGAAAUCCAAGAAAGAAGGGACAACGGAUGCCCUGAAGCGUACCCUCAGGAACUUUGGCAACGUGCUGGGCAACUGUGUCUACGACAAAGACUACCUGACCAAAGUCACGAAGGUUAAAUCAGGACCGGGCAAAUGGGAUGUCGAAGACCUCCACCGUCACCCUGACUUUGUUCCGAGAAAGCUCCCUCCGCCAACACGAAUAACAGAAGAUGACGAAUUACCUCCUCCACGUCCGGCCCAACCGACUAAGAGCAGUGUGUCAGAGACAAAGCCUGCCUUCGAUGGCGACGGAGAAUUUGGCAGUGAUCUUUUCGACGAAGCCGACUUCGUGGUGGGAGAGACAGGCAACCCGGACGAGAUAUCAUUAGAGCCAGAGGGACCACGACAACAACCACCCACACCGAUGAACCGUCCAAUUCCCCCGAGGGGACCUCCUGGAGGACGAUUCGACACCAAUGCAGUGACACCGUCGAAGCCUGAACGGUGGAAUGGGCCGAACCCUGCUGCCAGACAGUCUUUACCCCCAAAUGCGCGACCGAACUCAUUAGCCAUCCCUGGACCACAACGACCGAUGGCUGCACCUGGUGUGCCCAAUAACAAUCCUAAUAUCAGGCCAAAUGUUGCACCUCAAACGCAUCCCGUCCCGAAUACCAACCCACAGAUCCCAAACGGACCGCCACAGGUUAAAAGGGAACCAGUUCAAGCCCCCAACCAAGACCCAAACCAGCCGCCAGGUUCCCAGCCAGUGGGGUUCUUUUCCGCUCGAGCAGCAGACAUGCUCCGUGAUAACCCCAAUGCCGGCCCACUACAGGGCAGCCAAUUUGAUCCGCACGCAGAGAGCCCAUCCAUCCGUAAAACUGCCGGCGUCGAUCACACUAAGAGCGUGCCAAUUUCCAGGCCAAUGCUCGCUGGUGGUUCAGGCUCACCAGCACCGAAUAACUCGCGUGAUUUCGUGAACCCCGCAACCGACCUGCAACGACGAGUCGGCGCACCUGGCGCACCUGGCAGUCCUCUUUCUCGAGGCCCGUCUGUCUCUUCUUACCGACCAUUGACUCGUCCCAAUGUGCCCAGCCCCGGACCUUUGAACAGAGGGGCCAGCGUACCCCCACCAAAUCUUAAUGGAAAACGACCUCCUUUGAACGAUGUCACAAAUGCCACCACUUCACCCGGUGUGAAUGUCGCCGCCCCUCCUACUGGGCCAAACGAUCCCAAACGGCCUCGGAUGUCCGAUGGCCCUCCCGGACAGCAGCAGCCGCCACAGGGAAAAUAA